AUGGGACCAGGCAAUGACUCUCAAAUUUCAAGAUUGAUUCUUUUGGGAUUGUCAAAUGAACCAGAACUGCAGCCUCUCAUUUUUGGGCUUUUCUUAUCCAUGUACCUAAUCACUGUGUUUGGAAACUUGCUCAUCAUUCUGGUCAUCUGCUCUGACUCCCACCUCCACAACCCCAUGUAUUUCUUCCUUGCCAACCUGUCCUUUGUAGACAUCUGUUUUACUUCCACCACUGUCCCCAAGAUGCUGAUGAACAUCCAGACUCAGAACAAAGUGAUAACUUAUGAAGGCUGCCUAAGCCAGAUGUUUUUUUUCAUACUCUUUGCAGGAUUAGAUUUCUUCCUCCUGACUGUGAUGUCCUAUGACCGUUUUGUGGCCAUCUGCCACCCCCUGCACUACACAGUCAUCAUGAACCCUCAGGUCUGUGGACUAUUGGUUCUGAUAUGCUGGAUCAUAAGCAUUCUGAACUCCUUGUCAGAAACCUUAAUGGUGUUGCGGCUGUCCUUCUGUACAGUCAUGAAAAUUCCCCACUUUUUCUGUGAACUCAAUCAGAUGAUCCAACUUGCCUGUUCUAAUACUUUUAUUAAUAAUAUGAUGGUGUUUUUUGCAGCUGUGCUUCUGGGUGUUGUUUCCCUGACUGGGGCCCUUUACUCUUAUUGCAAGAUAAUUUCUUCCAUAUGUGGGAAUUCAUCAGCUCAGGGCAAGUAUAAAGCAUUUUCCACCUGCGCAUCUCACCUCUCAGUUGUCUCCUUAUUUUAUUGUACAAGCCUAGGAGUGUACUUUAGCUCUGCUGCUCCCCAGAGCUCCCAUGUAAGUGCAGUAGCCUCGGUGAUGUACUCUGUGGUCACACCCAUGCUGAACCCUUUCAUCUACAGCCUGAGGAACAAAGACAUAAAGAGGGCUCUGAUUAGAUUCUCUGGGAUGGCAAUGAUGAAAGGGACAAUUAUCCUGGGCUGA